AUGUUCCUCGUAACCCCAAUCGCCCGAGCCAUCCAAGACGCCGGGAUCUUCUCAUGGGACCUCGGAUUGACCUUGAUCAACUUCGUGACGCCUAGCAGGAAGGUGGACCAUGUCACCCCCGCGGGCCAUCCUGGCGCAGGUGGGACGUGGCCUGAGUAUAUCCCACCGACGGAGGGAGAUAGUCGGUGCUCGUGUCCUGCGUUGAACGCUAUGGCGAAUCAUGGCAUCCUACCCCGCGAUGGGAAAAACAUCUCCUUCCCAGAGAUGAACAGCACGAUUAGGGCAACUUACAACUUUGCACCGUCUUUCUGCUUCUUCGUCCCAAACUUUGCUGCUAGGAUGUUGAACAAGAGUUACGGGAAAGAUAGAUUUGACUUGGCUGAUUUGGAUUUACACAAUGGGAUUGAACACGAUGCGUCUCUCACUCGCGAAGACCUUCAUUUCGUCAAAGAUCAAGGGAAGCCGCACCUUCCUUUCGUAAGAGAACUCCUCGAUUCUGCAUCGGGGAAGGACAAAGAUGGAAACGUACUCCUCACCCCGGCCGACCUUUCUCGUUAUUCCGCCAAGCGUCGCGCAGAGUCUCGUGCCAACAACCCCGAGUUUUCUUUAGACCUGUUCCACAAGAUGUUUGGUAGCUCCAACUCCUCAACUCUCUUGACGGUAUUCGGCGGACGCGUUUCCGAUCUCGAGUCCAUCCUCAUCGAUGAGCGUUUUCCUGAAGGGUGGGAGUCGAGAGUCAGGGAGCCCUUUGGGUUGACGAUAGCGUCUUUCCAACCGACUGUUCUGAAGGUGGAAUUUGGGAUUGAUGAGAGCAAAUAUGCCGCGGAGGCUAGCUCGACUGCAGCUGUUGAGAGUGGGGAACCAAAUCCAGCAGCGUAGGAAUGGUGGUUAGCAACGAUUUCGCAAAGCGAGAGUGGCAAAUUUUGGUUGGACAGCGGACAUUCCAUCACAUUGUAACAAACCCACGAAAGUCAAUGAUCUUGCGAAUUCUUAUGUUUUCG